UCACUGUGCGGUGCGCCAUGAGCGAGGAGCCGCAGACGUGUGAGUUAACAUGCGGUACCUCUGCUGACCCGGAGCCCGGACAGGACACCGCAGACACCGUGAGAGCCCCGGACAUGGACAUGGACUGUGAGCAGCCUAUUUUCUCGGCGCUGAGCGGGGACGUGUCGACGCGGUCCGGUGCCCCUGUUGUUGGUGCCACAUCAUCGGCGACCACCUCCGACACCGAGUCGGGGAUAUUUUCCGGUGAAUCGGAGCUCUGUGUGGAGCAUGAGUCUGAGCUGGACUGGUUCUGCAGCACCGAGCAGAAGCUGAUCUGCUCUCACUGCGCCAUCGUGGGCUCCUGCCACGGACACACCGUCACUCCGCUGGCCUCCAGGGUCGCCGCGGUCAGGAAUCAGCUGGUGGAUGUCUGUGAGAAAAUGCAGCUGCAGGCCUUGAGGAUUGAACGCUUUAUCAACCAGACCCUAACAGCCAAAGAGCGAACGCUGCAGGCAGCGGCGAGCGGGGCCCGGGAACAGGUGCUCGCCCAGGUCAGCGCGGUGCGGGACGCCCUGGAGGAGGAGGAGCAGCGACUCCUGGAGGAGGUGCACACGGAGGAGGAGAGGGUGGAACAGUGUCUGCUCACUCAGAAAGCCCACUGGAGCCAGGCCUUGACCAAACUGUCACAAACACGCUCCCGCUUGGUGCACACCCUGACACACACACCCGACGCACAGCUGGCGACUUCCGCCCAGGAGAUCGCUGAAAGGGUGGAGGAGGCAGAGGGGGUCGGGGAGCCCUGUGACACCGAGCAGCUCAACCUGAAUCCAGGCUGCAGUGACAGCAAACUGCUCAGAGGCCUGUGGGCCAGUGCCGUCCUGCAAGGGCCGAAUGCAUACGGUUCAGCCAACUUGAAGUUUGACGAGCGCACAGUGAGCCCUCUGCUGUCCCUCUCUGAAGACCUUUACACUCUGACUUUCCUCCCCAAAAAAGCCCGCCAGUCCCCACCCUACGACCCAGCACGCUUUGACUCUUGGCCAAACGCGUUGGGCUCUCUGUCGAUGUCCUCUGGCACCCACAGCUGGGUGAUCGACGUGGGCCAAAGCGGGGCCUUCAAGGUGGGGGUUUGCUACGCCAGUGUGGAGCGCAAAGGCUCUGGGAACGAGGCGCGGCUCGGCUACAACACUCAGUCCUGGGUGUUGUCCCACUACGAUGGGGACUUCUCCUUCUGCCAUGCAGGGAAGAACGUACCACUCCAAGUUGUGAGGAGACCCAGGAGUAUAGGCCUGCUGGUCGACUGGCCGAGCCAGACGCUCUUGUUUUACGAGCCCGACUCCAGCGCAGUGCUACACUCUGUCACACAUCCCUUCAGCGCCCCACUGCUGCCAGCGUUUGCCGUGGCCGACCGCAGCAUCACCAUAAUGCACUGAUCCACUGCUGCUCAUCCAACGGUCCAAUACUGGAGCCUCAGCUGACUCCUGUCUGUGAAGUUGUAAAGAAAUGAGAGGCUUUGAGAGAGACUAACAUUUUAUCUUAUGUAAAUAUG